CCGAUAAGGCAUGUGCUCCACUCCCACCAACCAUCCAGCACAGCAACCCCACGUCCAACAAGAAGCUCGUGUUCCGAACGAAGCUUACCUAUCCAUCCUCGCCCGCACGCAGAGAACAAGCUUCCCGACUCCCACCCACCACUCUACCCACCAUGGCCGCCACCCAGGGCCCGAUCAACUACAGCGCCUACGACCCUAGCCGCGAGGUCGCGCAGCUCGAAGCGAUCCGGUCGAUGAUCUCCACGGACCUCUCAGAACCCUACAGCAUCUAUGUGUACCGGUAUUUCCUCUACCAAUGGGGCGACCUAUGCUACAUGGCGUUCGAUGGGGAUCUGUUGGUCGGGGUGGUUGUUGGCAAGCUCGAGCGACAUCGUGGUGGCCCCCUGCGUGGGUACAUUGCCAUGUUGGCGACGAAGAAGGAGUACCGGGGGAAUGGGAUCGCGACGAAGUUGGUGCAGAUGGCUAUCGAUGCGAUGAAGGCGCAGGAUGCCGAUGAGGUCGCACUCGAGACGGAAACGACAAAUACCGCGGCCAUAAAGCUCUAUGAGCGCCUAGGCUUCCUGAGGAGUAAGCGGCUACAUCGAUAUUACUUCAACGGCAACUCAGCGUUCAGGUUGAUUCUGUACCUGAAGCCGAGCCCGAACCCGAGCUGUGGUUGUGAAGGAAACGAGCAUGAGCACAAUCACGACCACGAUCAGGAUCACAGCCAUAGUCACGAUGGAUCAUCAUCGUAAGAGAAACAUAGAACAUAGCCAACCAAAACCGCUAAAGAAAGAAAAGAAACCAAUCAUGACCCUUCCAUACCCAAGUAUCUUGCAUAAUAGAAUAGAGUAGAUCCCCUAAGCAGCAGCCUGAACCACUCUGAAGCCCCCCGUAACUGUCUUCUGUAUUUCUUCAUUCUUAUGUGGGAGAAGGGAGAGUGCAUACGCAAUCUCGUCCCAUUGCCGCUGAGUCUCGCAGCGUGGGAGACGAGCGGCAAGUUUGUCGGAGAGCUGCUUUGCGUGUUUGUCCUGUAAUUGUUUUUGUAUGUCAGAAAUAGUUUAGAUGAGAAGGGAAUAAUAGGAUCGAGGCGAUGAUUACCUUCUCAAUAAAGCUCGCAAGG